UCAAUAAAUUAAUGUUUUAUUUGCAUGAAUUCAGGAAAGAAGUGCACGAGACUGUCGAUAACUAUUUACAAUGUGACUCUCACGUGAUACCCGACACAAGAUUUGCCAAAAACUUGCGAAAGUAUCUCAGAGUUGUUAAGAGACGAGCUACAGUUAUUUGGGUAUUUCUCAUCUCUGAUGGCGCAAUAUUUAUCAUAAUACCAUUUGUUAUUCCUGGAAGACUAUUUACUGUUGACAUUAUCUUAAUUUAUGGCUUAGAACCCAUGUCGGAGUCACCCAAUUACGAAAUAGCAACUUUCGUCACGACAUUAAGCGUUGGCUUUGCAGUUUACACAAUGGUCAGUGUUGCAGUAUUCGUCAUAGUUAUCGUUGGCUACAAUGAGGCACAGUUGAAAGCCCUCAGCGAAGAAUUAAUUAACGUAUGGGGUGAUAGUCAAUACUUCUUCAAUAACAUCAAACAUAGAAUAACUGAUAAGGUACACGCCGUGUACAUCCAAAAGCAAGUAAUGAAUGAAUUCGUUAGAAUCCGUCUGAGAGAUAUCAUAAAGUUUCACAUUUCAAAUAUUAAUCUUCUACAUAAUUUAGAUCAUGACAUUCGAUCUACAUUAGCUAUUGAAUACAGUUUUAAUGCAAUUUCUAUUAUAACUGAACUGCUUGAUGGUUUAGAAAAUACUUAUCUCCAAUUACCAUAUACAGUAGUUCAUAUAUUAAUGGUCUGUCUUGCUGGACAGCGGCUGAUAGACGCGUGUGACCAUUUCGAGAAAUCCGUGUAUUGUUGUAAAUGGGAAAACUUCAACACAAGCAAUCGAAGAACUGUAUUUCUGAUGUUAAUGAUGUCACAGAAAACUCUGGUAUUAUCAGCCGGUGGAGUCGCUGAAUUGAAUUUUACUUGCAUGAUGAAUAUACUAAGGUCAACUUAUUCUACUUACACCACCUUGAAAUCAAUAAUGAAAUAA